AUGUCAUCUACUCAAAUUACAGAAAAAACUCCGAAACUACAGCAUCAUCAAGAACCAAAACUCCCAGUUUAUAAUUCAAUAUAUGAUUUUAAAUAUAAAGAUUUAUUAAAUAAUAUAAUAGAUUUUGUAAAUUUCAAGAAUAAAGUAAUAAUAUGUUGUAAUACUGCUUUAUUGUGUGGAUUUACAAUCCAACUAUUAGAACUACAACAAUUAUAUGAUAAAUAUAAAUCAAAUGGGUUGGUAAUUAUAGGAUUCCCAUGUAAUCAAUUUGGAAAUCAAGAACCAAAUGAUGAAAUUACAAUAACAAAACAAUCAAAAAAAGAUUAUGGAGUAACUUUCCCCAUUAUGAAAAAAAUAAAAGUAAAUGGAGAAAAUGAAGAUGAUAUAUAUAAAUAUUUAAAAAAUCAAAAAUCUGGAAUGUUUGGAUUCAAGGGGGUUAGAUGGAAUUUUGAAAAAUUUAUUAUAGAUAAACGAGGUAAAGUUGUUGCAAGAUUUGAUUCUUGGAUUACUCCUUUACAAUUUGAAAAUUAUAUAAAACAAUUAUUAGAUGAAUCGGUGGAAGAAAAACCAAUAGAAAAUAAUUCAAAAGAAAAAGAAUCAGUAGAAGAUGAGACAAAAAAGCAAGAAUCAACAGAGAAUGAAACAAAAAAACAAGAAUCGAUAUGA